ACAAACAGGAGUUUGCAGCAAAGAAAAUAAAGGUUUAUUUAAGGAAAUGGCUCCCAACCUGGAAGUACAGGCCAGGAGGCUGGUUAAUUAUUAGUGAGACCCGAAGAGGUGUUUGGUGUUCAAGAGUGUGAACGUCUGGGCUACGUGAUGUUACCCCAGCUCUGAGACUUUCGGCUCAGCCAUGUGCCCAGGCCUCUGGGAGAGAUGCUUCUGGUCGUGGGGGCUCCUUCUGUGGUUCAGCGUUGGAAGUGCAGGAGAUACACCCCCUACCCAACAGCCAAAGUGCACUGACUUCCAAAAUGCCAAUCUCCUUCGAGGCACCAACCUCAGAGUCCAGUUCCUUCUCUUCACCCCUUCGGAUCCCAGCUGUGGGAAGCUAGUUGAAGAAAGCAGAGACCUCCAAAACUCUGGGUUCAAUGCCACUCUGGGAACCAAACUACUUAUUCAUGGAUUCAGGGCUUUAGGAACAAAGCCUUCCUGGAUUGAGAAAUUCAUUGGUGCCCUUCUGAGGGCAGCAGACACUAACGUCAUUGCUGUGGACUGGGUGUACGGCUCUACAGCUGUCUACUUCUCAGCUGUGGAAAAUGUGGUUAAGCUGGGACUUGAGAUCUCCAGUUUCCUCAGUAAACUCCUGGUGCUGGGUGUGUCGGAGUCCUCCAUCCACAUCAUUGGAGUGAGUCUGGGGGCCCAUGUUGGGGGCAUGGUGGGACAUUUCUACAAAGGCCAGUUGGGACGGAUCACAGGCCUGGACCCUGCUGGGCCAGAGUACACCAGAGCCAGCCUGGAGGAGCGCCUGGAUGCUGGAGAUGCCCUCUUUGUGGAAGCCAUCCACACAGACACCGACAAUUUGGGUAUUCGGAUUCCUGUCGGACAUGUGGACUACUUCGUCAAUGGAGGCCAAGACCAACCUGGGUGUCCCACCUUCAUUCAUGCAGGCUACAGUUAUCUAAUCUGUGAUCACAUGAGGGCCGUGCACCUCUAUAUCAGCGCCUUGGAGAAUUCCUGUCCUUUGAUGGCCUUUCCCUGUGCCAGCUACAAAGCCUUCCUUGCUGGACGCUGCCUGGAUUGUUUUAACCCUUUUCUGCUUUCCUGUCCAAGGAUUGGGCUGGUGGAACAAGAUGGUGUCAAGAUAGAGCCACUUCCUAAGGAAGUGAGAGUCUACCUCCUGACUACUUCUGAGCCUCCAUACUGUGUGCAUCAUAGCCUUGUGGAGUUUUACUUGCAGAAGCCAAGAAACAAAGACACCAACAUCAUGGUCACCUUCUUCAGCAGCAACGUCACCUCCUCAGCCCAGAUCACCAUACCUAGACAGCAACUGCAGGGGAGAGGAGUCCUAGCUCAUCCCAACCCUCAUUGCCAGGUGCACCAAGUGAAUCUCAAGUUCCAGGCUUCCCACUGGGUUUGGAGAAAAGAUCGGACUACCAUUGUUGGGAAGUUCUGCACUGCUCCUUUGCCGGUCAAUGACAAUAAAAAGAUGGUCUGCUUACCUGAACCAGUGAACUUACAACCAGAUGUGACUGUUUGUCGUGACCUGAAAAUUCCAUGUGCAUAGUAUAAGCCUGGGCAGGACACAUCUCCUUGGAUUUUGGAGGAGAGGAGUUCAACUUACUCUAGGCCAUUACUACUAAAAAGAAAGACAAAAUGGUAUUGGUUAUUUUCCCCAUAAUUGACCACCUUAGAAGGGAAAUAUAACUCAUUUUACAGAGCUUGAUCUCUAUUGCCAAUUUGAAGAGUCUUGUAAAAUAUCAUGUCAGCUUUCUUACUCAUACUUAAAAGCAAUUGCAUCACAUCCUUGGGCAUCUGUACCUAGGAUUCAAUAGAAACAUAUACAGGAAAAAUGUUUUUUUAUCAAAAAUAAAUUUCCAUGGAAUAUCUGA